AUGUCCAAGUACCCGUUGCGCCACGUCUCAUCUCUUCACCACGCAACUCCUCGACCUUUUCCUCCUGCACAAAAAACUUGGUGGAGGUCGUGCUCGGCAGCACCAAGGACGCCUAUUGGCUACCUGCAUGAUAUCAGCGUCUCGCCCAUGCGCCUGCCUGUGGUCGAGCCAUUCGCAUCCACCACCGUAAUCACUAUUUUCUCGUCCUCCAUAAUAAGCACCACCCUAUCUUUCGGGGGGGGGUCUCGGUCCCGCGACUCUUUCCGCGGAAGGAAAAGACGGCAGAUGAAGGGGAAAGAUUCCUCGUACCUUUGGCUACCUCGCAUUAUGUGCGACUACACCGUAGCUGGGAUUCACAACGUGAGCAUGCCCAAGCGCAUAAAUUCGGCACCACUUGUCCGGCGGCAGAUCCCAAAAUCUCAAGUAAAUCCCCACGCCGAAGUGGCGGAAUGGGGAACAUGCCUAAUUCCGUCCUGUCCCGCUGAAGAUCCCGGGUUUGUCACAUCGGCGAAAUUCACGGUCCGGGAACAUGUUCACGUUCAUCUUUUUGGGGGACUGGAAGCAUCGUACAUCAAACAACCCGCAGCAAGGCAUGUCACUACAGCCCAUGGCUGGGAGCUGAACAUCCAUGCAGGCCAGACCAAGGCAUCUGGGGGUCUGGCCAGUAUUAAGAAUGUAUUGGUAUUAAUCCUUGUCUUGUAG